GUGCUGUUUCCUUUGGGCUCGGCUGUGCCUUUCGACCGUGUCGAUUCCACUUGGUCUAAAACUGACAAAAGAAAAAGAGGGGAUUAUAUAUAAUAUAUAACAUAUAUAUGUAUGUGUGUUUGUAUGUAUGCGUGUAGAUAUAUACAUAAUAUAUAUAUAUAUAUUUUGAGGAGUACUCAGCCAUCUUCAAUGCGUUUGCCAGUACAACCGAGGAUUUGACAGCCAGGGGAAGAACGUCCAGACAUCCACGAAACAGGCAAGGAUCCAACACCGCAUCAUUGGAGCAAUUUCCACUGGCAUUUCUUUCCACGUUUAAUUGUACGAAUAUGUAUUAGAGGAGGGAACCCCAGUAUCCGCUGACUUGUACCCUGGCCAGCAGGAGACCGAUUUACUGCGAAAAAUUAAGGCAGGGGGAAGGGACAGUUUAUAAUUCUAUUUAAAAUACGUGUUUUUAUUUUCGUUGCUGUUCGAUCGAAUCGGGUUUAUUUACUUUCCUCAAAUUUAAAACAAUCUCUUGGAUGAUGCUCUGAAGAUGUCAGUGUCCAGGGUCGGUUUUCCAAACGGAUUUUUGCUGGAAGAUGGGAGGAUGGAGGCAGAAGUUAGCAGGAUCAUCCGAAACUUGGAGCUGGGGACUGUCAUGACUCUGUACUAUCAGAAAAAAUCCCAGCGACCGGAGAGGAAAACUUUUCAGGUUAAACUAGAAACCAGGCAGAUCACCUGGUGCAGGUCGUGCGACAAGAUCGAAGGCGAAAUCGACAUUCGGGAAAUUAAAGAAAUUCGGCCUGGGAAGAAUUCGAGAGAUUUUGAACGUUACCCAGAUGAUGCACGCAAACUGGAUGCUACUCUGUGCUUGGUCAUUCUGUAUGGAAUGGAGUUCAGGCUGAAAACACUAAGUCUUUCAGCAUUCAAUGAGGACGACGUCAGUUUAUGGAUAACCGGAUUGAACUGGCUGGUGCAGGAUACCCAGAAGUCACCGACACCCCUCCAGGUAGAAAGGUGGCUCAGAAAGCAGUUUAGUCUGAUGGACAGGAACAAAGAAAACAGUAUCACUGUGAAGGAUCUAAAGGUCAUGCUUCCUCAAGUCAACUACAGAGUCCCAAAUAUGAGAUUCCUGCGGGACAGGCUAUUGGAAGUGGACACAAGGGUGGAUAUGAACUAUGCGCAGUUCAUUCUUUUCUACAGAAACCUGUUGUUUGAUGCACAGAAAUCGAUAAUUGAGCAGCUGGAGCUAUCUUUCCCUCUGAGGAAUGUGGAGAGGCCUGAGCUGUGUCAAGUUACGCUGUAUGACUUCCAGAAGUUUCUGCAAUAUGAUCAGAAGGAAAGCUGGGCAAAUGACACCAACAAAGUCCGGGAGUGCAUCUUUAAUUACUUUAAAGACCCCUUGCGGGAGAUAUCAGACCCUGUUUUACAACUGGAUGAGUUCUUGGCCUAUCUGUUCUCUAAAGAGAACAUGAUUCUGGAUUCAAGGUUUGAACGUGUGACUUUGGAAGAAAUGAACUACCCCCUUUCUUAUUACUGGAUCUCUUCAUCACACAACACGUAUCUGACUGGAGACCAGUUUUCCAGUGAGUCAUCAUUAGAAGCCUAUGCCCGAUGCCUGAGGAUGGGAUGUCGCUGCAUAGAAUUGGAUUGUUGGGACGGCCCAGAUGAUCUGCCAAUUAUUUACCAUGGGCACACUCUUACCUCCAAAAUAAAAUUCCUGGAUGUGCUGUACACAAUAAAGGAGCAUGCCUUUGUCACCUCAGAGUAUCCGAUAAUCCUCUCUAUUGAAGACCAUUGCAGUGUUGUGCAGCAGCGAAAUAUGGCAUCUCAUUUCAAGAAGGUGUUUGGGGACAUGCUGCUGACCAAACCUGUAGACAUCAAUGCAGAUGAACUCCCAUCGCCCAGUCAACUGAAGAAAAAAAUCCUGAUAAAGCACAAGAAACUGGUGGAAGGCAACCUGUACGAAGAGGUCUCAUCAGCCAGCUACUCAGAAAAUGACAUCAGCAAUUCUAUUAAAAAUGGUAUCCUGUAUUUAGAGGACCCUAUUGACCAUAACUGGAGCCCACAUUACUUUGUCCUGACUAGUAAUAAGAUCUAUUACUCUGAGGAAACAUCCAGGUACCAGAACAAUGAGGAUGAAGAGGAAGAAGAACAGAAAGAGCAGGAGUUCAACAACAAUGAUCUGCACUUCAGCGAGAAGUGGUUCCAUGGAAAACUCGGUGGCGGGCGAGAUGGUCGUCAGAUAGCUGAGAAGCUUCUCCAUGAGUAUUGCACAGAGACCGGCGGAAAGGACGGCACCUUCCUUGUGCGGGAGAGCGAGACAUUUGUGGGCGAUUACACCCUGUCUUUCUGGAGGUCGGGGCGGGUUCAACACUGCCGCAUCCAUUCCCGACAAGAAGCUGGCACCACCAAGUUCUACCUGACUGACAACCUGGUCUUUGACAGCCUCUAUACCCUGAUCAGUCAUUACCGGGAGGUUCCUUUGCGCUGUAAUGAAUUUGAGAUGAGACUAACUGACCCAGUACCACAACCAAAUGCUCAUGAAAGCAAAGAGUGGUACCAUGCCAACCUUACACGUCUACAGGCUGAGCACAUGCUAAUGAGAGUGCCGCGGGAUGGAGCCUUCUUAGUGCGUAAAAGGAAUGAGCUCAACUCAUACGCCAUAUCCUUCCGAGCGGAGGGGAAAAUUAAACACUGCCGGAUCCAGCAGGAGGGACGCCUCUUCAUGCUCGGUAGCUCAGCAGAAUUUGAGAGCCUGGUGGACCUGGUGAAUUAUUAUGAAAAGCACCCUCUGUAUCGUAAAAUGAAACUGCGGUACCCAAUCAAUGAGGAAACCUUGGAGAAGAUGGGCACAACAGAACUGGACUAUGGGGCCCUGUAUGAAGUGCGGACUCCUCAUUUUUAUGUUGAAGCCAAUAAGAUGCCAACUGCAAGGUGUACAGUUAAAGCGCUGUAUGAUUACAAAGCCCAGAGGGAGGAUGAGCUAUCCUUCUGUAAACAGGCCCUGAUCCACAAUGUCGACAAGCAAGAUGGUGGAUGGUGGCGUGGUGACUAUGGGGGUAAAAAACAGCUGUGGUUUCCAGCAAACUAUGUGGAGGAGAUAACCAACACACUGGUUCCUGAACAGGACGAAGCGUCUGUGGAAAACAGCCCACUGGGAAGUUUCCUCAAAGGAUUUAUUGAUGUUCCAACAUGUCAUGUCGUUAUUCAGAAGGAAGGGAAAGGAAGCAAGCAGUACGUGUUCACCAUCCACUCCCAACAAAUGUCCCACCCUGUGCAGAUGUUGGACGUGGCUGCAGAUAGCCAAGAGGAUCUGAAUGACUGGGCUGCCAAGAUCAGGGAGGCAACACAGAAUGCAGAUGCCAGAAUGCAAGAAGGAAAAAUAAUGGAAAGGCGAAAGAAGAUUGCACUGGAAUUGUCAGAGCUGGUCGUCUACUGCCGCCCUGUGCCUUUUGAUGAAGAAAAGAUCGGAACAGACAAGGCCUGUUACAGAGACAUGUCGUCCUUCCCCGAAACAAAGGCAGAAAAAUACGCCAACAAAAGCAAGGGCAAGAAGUUUCUUCAGUACAACCACCGGCAGCUGAGUCGUGUCUACCCCAAGGGGCAACGCCUGGACUCUUCCAACUAUGACCCACUGCCCAUGUGGAUCUGCGGCAGCCAGCUGGUCGCACUCAACUUUCAGACACCAGACAAACCCAUGCAGUUGAACCAAGCGAUCUUCACCAUGAAUGGGAAGAGUGGGUAUGUUUUGCACCCUGACAUCAUGAGAGAAGAGAGCUUUGACCCUUUUGACAAGAACACUCUCAAGGGCGUGGAACCAAUCACCGUGCAGCUUCAGAUCUUGGGAGCACGACACUUGCCCAAGAAUGGGAGGAGCAUUGUUUGUCCAUUUGUUGAGGUGGAGGUAUGUGGAGCCGAAUACGACAACAGCAAAUACAAAACAGAGGUAGUGGCGGAUAAUGGGUUAAAUCCUGUCUGGCUCUUCAAGCAAUUUGUCUUUGACAUCAAUAAUCCCGAAUUUGCCUUUUUGAAGUUCAUUGUGUAUGAUGAGGACAUGUUCAGUGACCCCAACUUCCUAGCCCAGGCAACCUAUCCAGUAAAAGGACUUAAAACAGGUUACAGAUCCGUGCCUUUGAAAAACAGUUACAGUGAGGAGCUAGAGCUGGCCUCUCUACUUGUUCACAUUGAAAUAGUCAAUGCCAAGGAGGAAGACGAUGAGAACCUCUACUCGUCCAUCCAGCAACUACGCGACCGAACAAAUGAGCUUUCCAGUCAGGUGUCGAGUUUUGAACGGAACAAUGGCUGUGACUCCCGGUACCAGCAACAGCUGGAUGAGCUACGGGUUGCGCAGGAUCAGCUGAUGGAGCUAACCGAAGCUCGAAACAAACGACUCAUAGAAAAGAAAAAGAGAGACAGACUACGGCAACAAAUGGUGAACAAGAGAAACUAAAAAUUCAUGUGACUCUGGCAGCACCGAGGCUGCAGAUCGUUGAGGUGUCUAUCGGUUUCUAUGGAAACCCUCUGCAAAUUCGGCCUACAAUCAGGCAGUCCUGGAAAAUUUCUGUAUCAAGUCCAUUUAGCACGUGGUGUAAGCUGGCCUAAGCUUUUUGGAGAUGAUUUCAGAGAAUAAUGAUACAGCUCUGGUGCCUUUUCAAAGUUUUCUUUUGUUUCCCUUUUACCAUGUAACAUCCACAGAUGACCGAUUAUUUUUUUAAAAAUGUCGAUAUAAAGAAGAGGAACAAACACAUUUACAUCAGAUCUGAAACUUAGCACCACUUGAUUCUCAUGCAAAUAUGGUGAAGUUCAUUCAGCAUAUCCAGUUCUAUGGCGAUUUCUCCACCUCCUUUGCUGGUUCUUGCCCACACUAUCUAUAUGCUAGAAGUCAUACUUAUCAGGCAUUCUUCCUAUGUGUCAUGCUUAUUCCCUGUAAAUCUUUCCUCCUCAUACUUUGCAGAUGACACCACUAUAAUAAAAUGUCAAGGGAGACAUGCCCGUACAUUCAACAAAAAAUAAUGAAGGUGAUAUAAUGUCCCAAAAAACUAUGCAUCUAUGGCCAUGGUGAGGACAUUGAUGGUUGGUUAUUGUUUUACUCAUGGGGAUGUUUUGUUCUAACUGAGAGCCUCAAGCUCUGGAAUGAAAAGGGAACAACCUGUUUGGAAAAAGCAUUGACUGCUAUUUCAAAAUAAAACUUCAAUCUUUUUGCUUGCUAAGUAGUUCUCCAAUGAGAGCAUGGUUCUUUGUUUUUGUUCCUAUUAACAGGUUUUCCCACCCCUUCCAGCUAUCCACUAUUCAGGCCACGUCAAGGUUGGGGGUUGGGAGGCAGGCUCCUUCGCUGCCACCGACUGAUUCUGUCAAACAGACUGCUGGGAGGCGAGUGAGAACGGAUUUUUUUUUUUAAAGAAAAUUUUUAUUUUUCCAAGUUUCAAUUGUAUAAAGUUAAAAGGGUCCAUAAUGCCCGACGUACAGGUAGAACCGAGCACGAGCAUUAAUAAAUAAGAUGUAAAGGAAAAUAUGUAGCCCAGCAUUUAAGUUGACAUUAAAUACAUGAGUACGAGCAGAUUCAAUAAACUGUGUUAAUACUU